UCGCUCUCACUUGCUCCGCCGCCGAGGCGCGGAUUCGGGCGGAAAUAGAACGCGCCACAUGGCGUCACUUCCGUCUUCAAGCAAAAUCGCUACCCGGUCGGUACGCACAACAUUGUGUUGCUUCGCAAAAUGGCUGCGUUCGGUGCUGCUAUAGAGCUCGCGUUUAGCGAUGAGAGUUCGAGUAGCAGCUCUUCCAGCUCGGACGACAGCGAUGGCGAGAUGACGCAAGUACUCUACGAAGCUUUCUUUUCAGAGGCAUUCUCAGAACCACCGCGCAAAUGUCCUAGGAUUGUCGGAUUCGUUGAGGAAGUUGUGCGGCUAUACUCGGAUGAGGAGUUUCGCAGGAACUUCAGAGUUUCUAGAAGUGUAGCGGAGGACCUGAUAAGGAGGUUUGAGGACUCCGAGUUCUAUCCACGUAGUGAUCGUGGCGGGUCCCCUUCGAAAACCGCUGAAGAGCACGUACUGAUAUUCCUUUGGUUCGCUGCAAACAAGGCGUGUCUGAGGGAUGUGGCCAGUCGAUUCGGCAUCGGGGAGGCUACGGCGUUCAGGAUUGUUGAGCGGAUGCUUGAUUAUCUAGUGGACAUCGCCAAAGAACUUAUAAUAUUCCCAGAAGACCUCAAUCAGCUGUCGGCAGACUUUGAGCAAGUGUCGGGUGUGCCCAAUACUAUUGGAUGUAUCGAUGGCUCUUAUGUAAGCGUACGAUGUCCUGCCAAGAAGGUGCGCUCUACAUAUGUAAACAGGCACAACUACCCGUCGUUGACUCUGCAAGCUGUGUGUGACUACAAGAAGAGGUUUCUGGACGUCACAAUUGGCAAUCCAAGUAAAAUCCAUGACUCGAGGAUUUUCAGAAAGUCUAGGCUAGCCGAGCGGUUGCCUAGCAUUUGUUGCUCUGGGAAAUUCCAUGUUCUUGGGGAUGCUGCUUAUCCACUUCGGAAUUAUCUCAUUACACCAUUUCGUGACUAUGGACGUUUGAACUCAAGACAACGAGCCUUUAACCUAAAAUUUUCGGCAACGAGGGUCAAAAUUGAGAACGCCUUCGGGGACCUCAAGGGCAGGUUCCGCCAGCUGCUGCACUUGGAUUUUUUUUUUGUUGAUAAGAUGAACAAGUUCAUCAUUGCUUGUUGUGUUUUGCACAACCUGUGCAUUAGUUGUGGUGAUGUCGAUGUGCCACCAUAUAGUGACGACGCAAGCUCGGCAUGGGACUGGCAAGCACCACCAGAUGACGACAGCCAGAACUGCGGCCCCCUGACAUCAAGUGAAGCUGCACUGCGUCGACAAGGGGAAGCGAAGCGGGAAUGCUUGCUUCAAGCAAUGUACAUUUGAGCUGGAAAUGCAAACUGUAGCUUCUUGGGUAUGAUAUAAGGGAUAAUGUGAAUAAUAAUAAUAAUAAUAUUUGGGGUUUUACGUGCCAAAACCACUUUCUGAUUAUGAGGCACGCCGUAGUGGAGGACUCCGGAAAUUUUGACCACCUGGGGUUCUUUAACGUGCACCUAAAUCUAAGCACACGGGUGUUUUCGCAUUUCGCCCCCAUCGAAAUGCGGCCGCCGUGGCCGGGAUUCGAUCCCGCGACCUCGUGCUCAGCAGCCCAACACCAUAGCCACUGAGCAACCACGGCGGGUGAUAAUGUGAAUAUGUCAUGUAAAUAUUGUAAUGCAAUGAAAUUAUAAGUAAUCAAGUAAGAUAUGGAAAAUAAUUUAUGAAAACUGGCAUGUGCCACAGGUUCGUGCUCUGCAACAUGCUGCUUGCACCAAACAUCUGAAUGAGUUAGCUUCCACGGGGAUGAGAAAAGUAGUUGCGUGACCAUGACCUAACAGUUAGAACAUGAAACGGGCAAUCAAGUUAAUUGCAAAUCUACUGUGGAAAUCCCAUAGUUAUCUGUACUUUAAACAGUUUGGUAUUCUCAGCAUUAAUGCUUUGUAUCCAUUCAGUUUAUUGUAUAUGUACAAAAAUGUAAUUAUAUCAAGUAAUGAACCUAUACCGACAGAGUUUAACCCCCAUCAUUAUACCCCUCCCCGCAAUGUACGACAUCGCUGGCGUUGUCAUCUACCUUUUUGCCGCACCUUAUAUCGCAGGCAAUCUUUAUACAUGUGUCUCAUUAUCUCAACAUAUUUGCUGAAAAUAAUGUAUGUUUAGAAGAUACAUCCUGAAAUCAGCUGUCAUCCAUGCUUUUGGAUUUUGAAACCCCUCCUACAUUGUAAAUAGGCAUGAAUUAUUAUAUUGUAAAAUGUUUAGGUUGACAUUAUGUAUUGUUUUCUCUUUUGUAGUGUAUGAAUGCUCCAUAUAUUGAUUUUCCGUUGAGAAAUGUUGCAUGCAAAUCUUGUAUAUACCAACCCAUUGCUGUUCAUGUGUACCUGGAACACUGGGUGCUCUCUCAGCUGCCUUUAGCAGCUUUUUGCCUAGUGUCCCCUCUUCCCUGUACUGCUUUGUACUGCGCAAGAGGAAUAAACUUUGUAUUCUAUUAAGAAAGAACACUUUUGCAGCUGCUAUUUAUGAAACGUAAUUACAUAAAGCGAAAGCACCUAAAAUAAUUAAAGCAAAGAGUCAGUAACAAAAAUGUUACACGACAAUCUUUGUGUAACAGAUUUUUUUUACAUUGUCAAUACAAUGUUCAGAGGGGGGAAAAGUGGUGUUGUGUACAUGUAUGUGCAAUGUUAUGCGUUGUCAAAGUGUGACUGCUUUAUUUUCUUCAAGGAAUGUGUCCAAUACUCUUAGUAAUGUCAAGGAGCACCAUCUUUGCAA